CAGCAAUCCCCAAGCCCGUUAAUCGAACCAUAACGCAAGCUCAAAAUGGCCUCCCCAAGCGCGGGUAUUUCCCUGCACGUCACCGUCCACAUCAGUCCCGAGAACCUGCCCAAGUUCUGGGAAGCAAUGCACCCAGUCUACGAGAAAGUCAUCGCCGAACCAGAGUGCACCUUCUUCGAGAUCUACCAGUCGCCAGAGAACCCGGGAACUUUGUCCUGGGUCGAGAAUUGGUCUCAAUCCUUGGAAUGGCUUUUUGAGGUCCAAAUCAAAAAGCCGUACUACCAUGAUUACUUGGCCGUGACCGAGCCGAUGUUCAUCAAGCCCCGCGAAGUGAAGAUUUAUAACCGAGUCGGUGCACCGUAUUAUAUGGUCAAGUCUACUAAUUGAGUAUGGGCUUUGUCAAUUUCAGUUGAUCCGAACCCGAACGUCUUGAAAAGAUG